GUUGGGUUCCUUGAAAUCCACCAAAUAGGGCUUUUUCUGUGAAGUCUGUAUAGUUGAUAUAGAUGGUUUCUAAAUGUAGUAUGGAUUAAACAUUUCCUGGGGAGACUGUUAAAAUGCAGAUGACCGUAUGAAACACCAAGGAUUUAAUUAAGUAGUUAAGGGAUGGUCCCAGGAAUAUGCAGUUAAGAACACAGAAGAUACAACUUGUUUUGAGAAUAUGUUUUGAGAAACAAUAGCUUAUAUUGAUGUCAUUAUUACCUUUAAGAAAGAAUUCUGAGACGAUAUAGUUGGAGGGAUACCUUGAAAGUGGAGCUGUAUUUCUGUGGUAAUAACAGAAAAAAAAGACAUGUCUUUGGAUAAACCCGACGAGAGACCGAACGGCAAUUCCAGUUCCUUCCUGUUGACUGGUUUCCCAGGCUUGGAGGCAGCUCACCACUGGAUUUCCACACCCUUCUUUCUCAUCUACAUCUCUGUCCUUUUAGGCAACAGCACCCUCCUCCUUCUCAUUAAGGAAGAUCCCAAUCUUCAUGAACCUAUGUACUAUUUCCUGGCCAUGCUAGCAGCCACAGACUUAGGGCUGACCUUGACCACGAUGCCUACGGUGCUCAGAGUCCUCUGGUUGGGUCACAGGGAGAUUGGGAAAGUAGCCUGUUUUUCUCAAGCCUACUUUAUACACUCACUUGCCUUUGUAGAGUCUGGUGUUUUGCUUGCUAUGGCUUAUGAUCGUUUCAUUGCCAUUCGCAACCCCCUUAGAUAUACCUCCAUACUCACUUAUACUCAAGUGCUGAAAAUUGGACUGGGAGUUCUGCUGAGGGGGUUUGUAUCUGUUAUCCCUCCAAUUGUACCCCUUUAUUUUUUUCCCUAUUGCCAUUCCCAUGUCCUCUCUCAUGCAUUCUGCCUUCACCAGGAUGUCAUCAAACUGGCCUGUGCUGACACCACCUUCAAUCGACUGUAUCCAGUUGUGCUUGUAGUCUUUAUAUUUGUGCUGGAUUCUCUGAUCAUCCUCAUCUCCUAUGUAUUGAUACUCAAGAGUGUCCUGAGAAUUGCCUCCAAAGAAGAGAGGGCCAAGGCCUUCAACACUUGUGUCUCCCAUAUCUGCUGUGUCCUGGUUUUCUAUGUCACAGUCAUUGGAUUGUCUCUGAUUCAUCGGUUUGGGAAGCAGGUUCCACAUAUUGUCCACCUCACUAUGAGCUAUGUAUAUUUUCUUUUCCCUCCACUAAUGAAUCCUAUGAUCUAUAGUGUCAAGACCAAGCAGAUCCGGAGUGGCUUUCUUCACCUUUUUACUAACCAUCAUAGUCCCUCGCACAGAAUGUAAGAAAUCUGGGUUUUGGCAGUGGAGCAAAGAAAUCUCAUACCAAACACCCAUGAUCAAAUCUCUUGGUAAAAUAAUUGUCAAAGUAGAGCUAAAAAUUUCCCUGUAUUAUCUCUGUAAGCU